GUCCUUGUCGUAUGCAAGCGCUGGUUCCGCAUCGCACUCCCUCUGCUUUACACAUGUCUUUUCUUGUCAAAGCCCAAGCAUAUGAAGACUGUUGCACGCGCCGUACAAUCGGACCCUCAGCUUGGCAGAGCAAUCUGCCACCUCUGGCUGGAAGGCGGAUUUGGCAAAGAGCUGUAUUCUUUCAUGAAGCUUGCGCCAAAUGUGGAGACACUGUAUCUCAUCCUACAAGCCACGUCAAAUGACUUGAUUGCCGGACUUUGA